CCCAAGACGCAUCACUUUUCAAGAACUGGAUCAUGAACAACUUCAUCCUCCUGGAAGAACAGCUAAUCAAGAAAUCCCAACAGAAGAGAAGAACUUCUCCCUCAAAUUUUAAAGUCCGUUUCUUUGUUUUAACCAAAACUAGCCUGGCGUACUUCGAGGAUCGUCAUGGGAAAAAGCGCACUUUGAAGGGCUCCAUUGAACUCUCCCGAAUCAAAUGUGUGGAGAUUGUGAAAAGUGACAUUUGCAUCCCAUGCCACUAUAAAUACCCAUUUCAGGUUGUGCACGACAACUACCUCCUGUAUGUGUUUGCUCCAGACCGAGAGAGCCGGCAGCGCUGGGUGCUGGCCCUUAAAGAAGAAACAAGGGAUAAUAACAGUCUGGUGUCCAAGUAUCACCCUAAUUUCUGGAUGGAUGGGAAGUGGAGGUGCUGUUCUCAGAUGGAGAAGCUUGCAGUAGGGUGUGCUCAUUAUGAUCCGACCAAGAACGCUUCAAAAAAGCCUCUUCCUCCUACUCCUGAAGACAACAGGCGAUCACUUCAGGAUCCUGAAGAGAUCCUGGUCAUUGCCUUGUAUGACUACCAAACCAAUGACCCUCAGGAGCUGGCUCUGCAGCGCAAUGAAGAAUACUUCCUGCUGGACAGUUCUGAGACUCACUGGUGGAGAGUUCAAGACAGGAACGGCCAUGAAGGAUAUGUACCAAGCAGUUAUCUGGUAGAAAAAUCUCCCAAUAACUUGGAAACCUAUGAGUGGUACAAUAAGAGCAUCAGUCGAGACAAAGCUGAAAAACUUCUUUUGGACACUGGCAAAGAGGGAGCCUUCAUGGUUCGAGAUUCCAGGACUCCAGGAACAUACACUGUAUCUGUUUUCACCAAGGCCAUUGUAAGUGAGAACAACCCCUGUAUAAAACAUUAUCAUAUCAAAGAAACAAAUGACAACCCCAAGCGAUACUAUGUGGCUGAAAAGUAUGUGUUUGACUCCAUCCCUCUUCUCAUCAAUUAUCACCAGCACAAUGGAGGAGGCCUGGUCACUCGACUCCGGUAUCCAGUUUGUUCCUGGAGGCAGAAAGCCCCGGUGACUGCAGGGUUAAGAUACGGAAAAUGGGUGAUCCACCCUUCAGAGCUCACUUUCGUGCAGGAGAUUGGCAGUGGGCAAUUUGGCUUGGUCCACCUUGGCUACUGGCUCAACAAGGACAAGGUGGCUAUCAAAACCAUUCAGGAGGGGGCCAUGUCUGAAGAGGACUUCAUCGAGGAGGCUGAAGUCAUGAUGAAACUCUCUCAUCCCAAACUAGUCCAGCUCUAUGGCGUGUGUCUGGAGCAGGCCCCCAUCUGCCUGGUGUUUGAGUUCAUGGAACACGGCUGCCUAUCCGAUUACCUGCGCAACCAGCGGGGGCUCUUUGCAGCAGAGACCCUGCUGGGCAUGUGCCUGGAUGUGUGUGAGGGCAUGGCCUACCUGGAAAACGCAUGCGUCAUCCACAGAGAUCUGGCUGCCCGAAAUUGCUUGGUGGGAGAAAACCAGGUCAUCAAGGUGUCCGACUUUGGGAUGACAAGGUUUGUCCUUGAUGAUCAGUACACUAGUUCCACAGGCACCAAGUUCCCCGUGAAGUGGGCAUCACCAGAAGUGUUCUCCUUCAGUCGCUAUAGCAGCAAGUCGGAUGUGUGGUCUUUCGGUGUGCUGAUGUGGGAAGUCUUCAGCGAGGGCAAAAUCCCGUAUGAAAACCGAAGCAACUCAGAGGUGGUAGAAGACAUCAGUACUGGAUUUCGGUUGUAUAAGCCUCGACUUGCCUCCGCUAACAUCUACCAAAUCAUGAAUCACUGCUGGAAAGAGAGACCAGAAGACCGGCCACCCUUCUCCAGACUAUUUGGACAACUGGCUGAAAUUGCAGAAUCAGGACUUUAGUAGAGACUCACGGCCAUGCCAUGGACUGUGCAUCCUAAAAGGAGGAAGAAUGUCCUCCUUCCAUAGAGCAUUAAAAGCUGCCACCAGCCCAGAACUCCCCAGAGGCAGCCUGGCCUGUGGCACCUGCUCCUGAGCUGGCUUGAAUACAGCAUCCUGACAAAUGGCCAGCAACCCAGCCACAGGCAGGCAUCUCAGCAAUGGGCUGAGGGCCAGGUCAGCACAGCAGUGAUGCCUCUGUGCCCCUCCAUCCUCUUGUCAUACAGAGUGCACAAACUUCCAUCUGACAGCUUUCAGGAAACAUUUCCUGCCCUCAGCAAAAGAGAGAGACAGACGAAGGACCUGGGGUUCUUUUUUUUAUUAUUGUUUUAAGCAUGGAUCUCAAGUUUAUGGCGCAAGAGACUUUUUAUUUGACCUGUAAUAUCCCAGUAUAUGAGGGCCAGGAGAAUGAGAAGCACGGCCCUUUUUCUAAGAAAACCAGUGAGUUGAUUAAGGCCAGGAAGAAUGUUCUAUAGCUGUAACUUUGUCAGCCACAGCUUCCUGCCACUAAUGAACUAAAGCAGCUUCUCACACCAAAGGCCGGAUAUCCUGAGAAGCAGAUUUCUGAGGUUUCUCAGAGCCCAUUGCCGUCUCUCUCCAUAAUGGAGCAUGCUAGUUCCUUUGGAUGGACUGGGGUGAGCCAUUAGCAUGCCUUAGUUGGAUCAUUCAUUAGGUAGUUGAUGUCCAGACAAGAAUGGGAAGGCUUCCAAGAGUGGGAAACCAACAAGUACCAAGACUGGUUUUAAAUUCUUACUACUCCAAAGCUCCCAUUUUAUACCACACCACACAAGUGACUGUGCCUCCUCAUCUAUGCAGAAUGUGCAGGAAAUAGCUACUUUGAACACUCAUCUUUCAAGCCUUUGGCAAAUCAGCCCCUUGUCUGCACUAUCCCAUCAAUAUCAACAGAGGGCAGCAUUGUGCUAGUCAUCUUGGCCUGGCAGAGAAAUUGAAGGUUAUUUAGUCCCUCAGGGUUAGCAACUUUAAGAUUGAGACUUCAAGGCUCCCAAAUUUCCAGGAGAAGAAUAAGGAGUUUGUCCUUGCUUAGACUGUCUGGAUGGAAACUGAGUCAAGGACUUACCGGGCUACUUGCAAGAUGUACAAGGACGUCUGCUGUUGAGCACUUGCAGAAGCAAAGUGAAUAUAUGCUAAGCACAAGCCAUUCCUCAAGAAUAUCAAUUCACUGCGUUUUCAUAGCAACCCCUUGAGAGAGUAGUAUUAUUCUCAUUUUGCAGAUUAUGAGACUGAGCCCUUAACAAGCCAGGACAUCUGCCCAAAGUGACAGAACUGGGGCAUACAGAGCUGGGAUUCUGGUCCAAAUCUUUCUUUCUGGAGUGCAGAUUUUUAAAUUCUUAUUAAACACUGCCUCCUACUGAGAAAGAAGAGAAUUGCAAAGGAGAUCCAUACCGAGGGGAAAGACAUUGACAGCCAAGACAAAUCAAUAUUUGGGCUGGGGAUUUAGCUCAGUGGCGCUGCGCCUGCCUGGCAAGUGAAAGAUUUUGAAUUUGAUCCCCGGUACAGGAAAAUAAAAAAAAAAGACAAAUCAAUAUAACAUCAUCAGUGAGUAAUGUCACUUCUGCAUAGACCAUGAAGGUGAACAGAAUAGGACCUCCACUUUCUUCAUCUUCAUCCUCACCUUAUCAUAAUUAAUGACUUUGGAGCUAUUCAGUUAAUUAACUUUAAUUCUCCCAACUCACCAGUCAGUUUGAAUAAAGCCAUUUAUAGAUGAGCUUUAAAGCAGCUUUAAAAGAUUCUGCUGCAGAAGUAUACAUGCAUGCUCUAAUUAUCAUUCUAACUCUGAGUGUUGUCUUCUUUCAUACUUCAUGGGGAGGGGACUUGAUUUUCCUUUAGUGUUCAGAUAAAGCUCUUAGAGAAAUUAUCAGAUAGUGUUGCAAUGAGCUAUUUCUAAAUCCUGUGAUAUUUUGACCAGCUUGCAAUAUAGAAGUAUAACAUGUAACUGUAAUUAUUGUGAAACAGAGAGCCUUACAUAAAACAUCAUCCUGAAGAUGCUUUUACUCAACUUAUCCACAAUCAUCCUUGUUUACUUUUCCUCAUUUUGUGCAUUCUCUUUUGGAACCCUUCACUGGAGAUGAUUUCAGCCUAGAAGAAAAACAUCACAGUUGACUGAUCUCUGUGGUUUGGUUUAGAAAAAUUUCCCCAGUAUGAUACUAUCUUUUUAAAGUUCAGAUUCACGGGCCUUUAACCGAACAUGUGUUAAUUGCUCAUGCCCAGUGUUUGGUGUCACAAAAUGGGCUUCCUGCCUGAUGUUUUUCCCUCUCACAUUUUGAAAAUGGUGCCCUUUUCAAAGAGAAUUCCUCUAUGCAAAGUUUUGGUUGUAGUUGCAUUUUGUAGAUCUUGUGUUUUGUACCUUUUGUGACUAUGUAUUUAUACUUCGGUCAGAUGACUAUUUAUUAGUAUACAAUCACUGCUACUGUUCAAAAUAAAAAGGUUACAAGUAUCUUUUAUCCUUUGUAGAGUUUGGGAAGUCAAAAAUUGCAUAUGGCAAAUA